AUGGCUUCAGUUCCGUACUAUAUUCCUAACCAGGAAUAUAGCAAUGCUGGGUUGAAUAAUAUAUCAGACUGCGUUCACUCGGCUAUGGAAAUCGCUGAAAAAUGCCCGUUAGCUAUACCUAUCAAGCACGACCUCCCACCAGGGGUUUAUGCCUGUCCUGAGUUUAUGAAUAUGUUCUCGGGUGUACAGAUUAAACCGCCUAUCCAUCUCCUGGACUGGACCUAUGACCGCCGCCGGACUGCACAGGAUGUCCUGCCCUAUCUAUAUCUGGGCCCAAACAAUGCCAUGCGCGAUGCAGAGUUUCUUGCAAAAAACGGCAUUACUUUGCUUCUAGCUAUUCGGGAUCGAACCCGAAUCCAGGCUGUGACGGUCAACGGGGAUAGGGUAGCGGCCAGACUGGGGAUCGAGUCGGACUUUGUCGAAAUAGACAGUGCACAGGAACUCAUCAGUAAACUCCCCGAUAUCAUCCGUCGAAUCAACAACCAUGUUUGCCCAUGUCCGACUCACCAGCCGGAGGGACAUGGCAGAACGAGGAAAGUGUUGGUCUUCUGUGAUACAGGAAAUGAUAGAUCAGCCUGUGUGGUCGCCGCAUAUCUUAUGGCAAUGUUACAAACUGGAGCAGCUGUAGCGUCAAGCCACAUUCAAGUCCGACGACUGUCCACCAAUAUUAGCCCUGUCUUCGUGGAUAUCCUGAAGGCGUUUGAGCCCAUACUUGACGCACAGAGGGCUAUUGCCAGGAACACGCUAGACAACCAUGGAACCAGUGGGUUGCUGAAUUCUGGCAAUGCACUCUCAAGGAAACGGUCUUUCCAGGUUGCCGAAGAGUCCCAUAAUACAGACGGAGAGGCCAUGGCUAUGGAUCUCUGCCGGCCAUCUCUUCCACCCUUCCGUGAUCGCAGGAAGGCCAGACCCUCAGGCGGCCAAGCAUGUGUCAAGUUUGCGGAACUUGCCCUUUCCACCCUUAACGAUUUCAUGGCUCGGUGUUCAUUAGAGGCUCGAAUUCUUCUCUUCCUUUCUCUUCCGCUGAAUAUUUGCGGGUCUACCCUCCUUUCAUUUUCUAGCUUCUUCUUCGUCUUCUUCUUUGUAUGA